GAUCUAUACGCCCGUCUCUGUCACAAAAAUCAGAGUCUGAAAAAUCAGAGUCUCACACUAUAAUUUUACUAUUAAAAAAAAUGAAAAAAGAGCAUCACCGCCCACGUUGGCGACUACCCAUCAAGGGCGUAAUAGCAAUUUCUCCUGCGAAUCGGCUUACUAUUAAAGUCCCUAAACGGCAUCUUCUCUUCUUAUCCAAUCUCGUGCCAAGGGGUUAACCCUUUAGGUUUUUUCUGACUUCAUUAGAAGCCAGAGCGAUCCUCUCUAUACCUUCGCUGCCGGUGGAGCCGCUGCCUGGGUUUAUUGAUUAUCAAUUAUCCGGUUGAUCGGGGAAACUAUGGGCGGCGAAGGAGUAGCAGAGACGCAGUAUGUCACGGCCAAGACCUCGGUGUGGUGGGAUAUAGAGAACUGCCAGGUACCUAGAGAAUGCGAUCCACAUGCCAUAGCCCAGAACAUAAGCUCCGCCCUGGCCAAGAUGAAUUAUUGUGGGCCAGUCUCCAUCUCUGCUUACGGGGAUACCAAUCGGAUUCACUCAGCUGUCCAACAGGCUCUGUCCAGUACCGGCAUCGCACUUAAUCACGUCCCUGCUGGUGUUAAAGAUGCCAGUGACAAGAAGAUUCUGGUAGAUAUGUUAUUCUGGGCGGUGGACAAUCCUGCACCUGCUAAUUAUUUGUUAAUUUCCGGUGAUCGUGACUUUUCUAAUGCGCUCCAUCAGUUGCGGAUGAGGAGAUACAAUAUUCUUCUAGCACAGCCGCAAAGAGCAUCGGCACCCCUCAUUGCAGCUGCUAGGAGUGUAUGGCUUUGGACAAGUCUUCUCGCUGGAGGACCACCACUAUCAGAUGGUGAAUCACAACAACUUGGUAAUAAUAGUUUUACAUCCAGUUUAGACACUUUACAGAUUCCAAUUUCUGAUGCCAUUCACAUAAAGCAACCAGUGGAUUCCUACCCUGAUAAUUUCAAUAUGGGAAAUCAGAGAACUCCUUAUAUAACUAAACAGAAAGCGAAACCCACCCGAAGGAAUUUGAACCAAACAAAUGGAUCAAGAACAUCAAAUAUGCCUGUUUGGACCCAAGAAGAUCAGCAUAAUUCUAACUCUUACCAACCUGGUCCUUAUGUCCCAAAAGGUCCCCUAAAUGGACCUGCUCCAGAUUUUGUUCCUGGAAAUCCUAAUUUUACUUGGAGUGAGGUCACUAAUGCUCAUGGCAACCAUCAAAAUCACUAUCCACAGCCACUAAGGCCAAAUGCUCCAGCUAUGCAUCCUAAUUUUGCAGCAGGUAGUUUGUAUCCCCCUAAUAUUCAAACCCAUACUCCUCCUCUAAUGCCUGCUAGGCCCAAUGGGACUACCUUUACCUCAGCACCACUUACAAAUGCGCCUGAUAUUGGUAACUUGAACAUUUCUGGAUACCCAACCAGCUUUCACAACCCUCCAGCUGUUCAAAUACGAGGCGGAGAGCAAAAGCAUGAUUCAAAGAAAAAAGCUCUAAAGUCUGUUAAAUUAAAUGACUCACAAAAUGGAUAUAUGCCACAGAACAAGCCAUCAGGACACCAUGAGACACCAAACAAUAGAUACUCCAGUUGUCCAGAAUAUCCACCAUCUUCUUCAGCAGUAACAGCUACCGAUGUUGCUCCUGGUAAUGUUAUAUGGGGAACUCCAGGAUGCCCCAAACCUUCGGAAUAUGUUCAAGGCCUUAUAGGAGUUAUCUUACUUGCCUUGAACACCCUUAAAACUGAAAAGAUAAUGCCAACUGAAUCAAAUAUAGCUGAUUGCAUUCGAUAUGGAGAUCCCAAACAUCGUAAUACUGAUAUUAAGAAGGCCCUUGAGAGCGCUAUUGAGCAGCAGAUGGUCGUGAAACAGAGCUUAGGAGCUGUGCAGUUGUAUGUUGGUAAGAAUGAGAAACUGUGGAAAUGUGUGAACCCUAUAGGUGGAAAUCCAAAGGAAUAUCCAAAAGCAACGUGGGAUGAAACUCAGAAAUAUCUGACAUCUCCUGCUGGACGAUCUGCAAUUCUAUCUUCUCGGUGCAGGUAUGAAGCUGCUACUAUUUUAAAGAGCAUGUGCCUGAAAGAACUUGCUUUGGGUAAUAUACUCCAGAUCUUAAACAUGGUAAUUGCCAUAAAGAAAUGGAUUGUACACCAUCAGUCUGGGUGGCAGCCACUCACCAUUACUCUUGCAGAAGCCAACACUGAUUUAGGGUCUGCAGCUGGUCCAUAAGUUAUACCAAUGCUAUAGUAAGGAAAAGGGCCCUGUAGAUAGUCAUGAGGUUCUAAAUUUGGUGAUAAUUGAUUAGAACUGAUGUCAGCAGGGAAUGCUCUUUUUCCGCUUGGAAUUGGAAACUUGGUAAUGGUGGCAGUUUGAUUUCUGGUAGAAGAACAAGCCUGUAGGAUUAGUUAUUUUAAUUUCUUAUCCCUGGGAAAGUUCUGAAGUUUUUCCUUGAGGACGGUAUUUAAAGAAGUGCUUGGACAACCUUAAGUGGGACAUUAUGCCACACAUUUUUCAGAGGUAGCAUAGUUUCUGGUUGCCAAUUUAAUGGCUUUUUGCAUCUUGAGUACACCCAAUGUGUAGGUAUUGCAACAGUGGGCUUGAGUGCAAAUUUGGCGUUGUUUGGGGGGUGGGGUUUGGAUGCACAAAUUCCUAGGUCCUAAAAUGUAGAUGGGGAGCUAGAGCAAGAAGCUGCUUACUCCAGCUGCGUUUUGGGGCCUGGGAAUUUAUGGACCCAGGCCCUCCUGCAGCACCAAAUGAGGCCUUCGCCCAUUCUUUGGCUUCUCUUACAUCUUAAUGGUUUUGCUGGUGUUUGCUUAAUUAGAACGCGGACUCGGUGCAUGCUUUCAAUUCAAGCAGUCCAAACAUCAAGAAAGAUUUAUCAUCUCCAGCAUAUGGACUUUUUAGCUAGUUAUUUGAAUAUCCACUAGCCUUUUUAUGUUGCAGUAGUUCAUCACUUUCUACCUCAAACCAGCAAUGGAGUACUUAGUGGACAAAAUGAAUCUUGUAUGUGAUGGAAAGUCUGACCGAAGUUUGAUUAUAAUCCUUAAAGAUGAGGCGGAAAGCUUGACUGCUUUGAUGGAAACAGAAGAUGCAAGUUAUUGAUGGAAAAGCGUCAAUUUAUACUGCAGUGACAUAUUUAAUAUGAGAAAUUGUGUAUGGUUGGGAACUUUUUGCAACCAUCAUGAUCAUAUCAAAUGAAGGAAGUAAGGAAAACCCAAGCAGAAAAUGAUGGUUUGUGCUGUGGAGAUAAGAUGCUAUAAUCAUCUUGUUCCGAGUGUGGAUUAAUUUGGUCAUUGAGAAGGUAAUGUUCUUGUAACUUCUUUGGUAAUAAGACCUUUUGUUUUUGGGAUUAAUCAGGUGUAAACAACUAUUGCAUGAGCCGAGCCUGUGAAUUGAGGAGUUGAACAAUAUUUGGUGCAUCUGCACCAUGCUAGUUGUGUAUGUAAUAUGUUAUGUAUGCAUACUUGAAUAAAAGCAAUAUAUAAGCUUGUUUGAA